AUGCCAUUUGGAAUAGAUAACACUGACUUCACCGUUCUGGCGGGGCUUGUGCUCGCUGUGCUGCUAUAUGUAAAGAGAAACUCGAUCAAGGAGCUGCUGAUGGCCGAUGAUGGUGCGAUUACCGCUGUCAGCACGGGCAACAGGGAUAUCGCCCAAGUGGUCACUGAGAACAACAAGAACUAUCUGGUGUUGUAUGCGUCGCAGACCGGGACCGCUGAAGACUACGCCAAGAAGUUUUCCAAGGAGUUGGUGGCCAAGUUCAACCUCAACGUCAUGUGCGCGGACGUUGAAAACUACGAUUUCGAAUCGUUGAAUGACGUGCCUGUCAUCGUCUCCAUCUUCAUCUCCACGUAUGGUGAGGGUGACUUUCCUGAUGGGGCCGUCAACUUCGAGGACUUCAUCUGCAAUGCGGAUGCCGGUGCUCUGUCGAAUUUGAAGUACAACAUGUUCGGUCUGGGCAACUCCACAUACGAGUUCUUUAACGGCGCUGCCAAGAAGGCUGAGAAGAACCUUUUGGCUGCUGGUGCCACCAGGCUGGGCAAGCUCGGUGAAGCUGACGACGGUGCCGGGACCACCGACGAGGACUACAUGGCUUGGAAGGACUCUAUUCUAGAGCUCUUGAAGGACAACCUGCAUCUGGACGAACAAGAGGCCAAGUUUACGUCGCAGUUCCAGUACUCCGUCCUGGACGAAGUGUCCGAUGCCGUAGCGCUUGGUGAACCCUCUUCGCACUAUUUGCCCUCGCAUGAGUUGAACCGCAAUGCGGACGGGAUCCAGCUGGGUCCUUUCGACUUGUCUCAACCUUUCAUCGCCCCCAUCGUCAAAUCCCACGAAUUGUUCGCUUCCAAUGACCGUAACUGCAUCCACUCCGAGUUUGACUUGUCCGGCUCCAACAUCAAGUACUCCACCGGUGACCAUCUUGCCAUUUGGCCCUCCAAUGCAGUGGAGAAGGUCCAGCAAUUUUUGUCCAUCUUCAACUUGGACUCGGAGACCAUUUUUGAUUUGAAACCCUUGGACCCCACCGUGAAAGUGCCCUUCCCCACCCCAACCACCGUUGGCGCUGCCAUCAAACACUAUUUGCAAAUCACUGGCCCUGUGUCCAGACAAAUGUUCUCUUCUUUGAUACAGUUCGCCCCCAACGCCGAUAUCAAGGACAAAUUGACCCUGCUGUCAAAGGACAAGGAUCAAUUUGCCGUCGAGAUCACUUCCAAGUAUUUCAACAUUGCCGACGCAUUGCAUUAUUUAUCCGACGGCAUCAAGUGGGACACUGUCCCCGUGCAGUUCUUGCUCGAAUCCAUUCCUCAUAUGACUCCUCGUUACUACUCCAUUUCCUCCUCUUCCCUAUCUGAAAAGCAAACCGUUCACGUUACCUCCAUUGUGGAAAACUUCCCCAACCCGGAAUUGCCCAAUGCUGCCCCAGUUGUUGGUGUCACCACAAAUUUGUUAAGAAACAUUCAAUUGGCUCAAAACAACGUUAACAUCGAUGACACUAACUUGCCUGUUCAUUACGAUCUAAACGGCCCACGUAACCUCUUCGAUAAUUACAAAUUGCCCGUUCAUGUUCGUCGUUCCACUUUCAGACUGCCUUCUAACCCCUCCACCCCAGUGAUCAUGAUCGGUCCAGGUACCGGUGUAGCCCCCUUCCGUGGGUUUAUUAGAGAACGUGUCGCAUUCAUGGAAUCGCAAAAGAAGGGCGGCAACAACGUCUCCUUGGGUAAGCAUCUAUUAUUCUACGGGUCCCGUGAUACCGAUGACUUUCUAUAUCAAGAAGAAUGGCCAGAAUACGCCAAGAAAUUGGACGGCUCAUUUGAAAUGGUGGUGGCUCACUCCAGAUUACCAAACUCCAAAAAAGUUUACGUUCAGGAUAAAUUAAAGGAUUACGAAAACCAAGUCUUUGAAAUGAUUAAUAAUGGUGCCUUCAUCUACGUUUGUGGUGAUGCCAAGGGUAUGGCCAAGGGUGUGUUAAAUGCUCUGAUCGGAAUCUUAUCCCGUGGUAAAGCCAUUUCCAGCGAAGAUGCUGCGGAAUUGAUCAAGAUGCUCAAGACUUCCGGUAAAUACCAAGAAGAUGUUUGGUAA